AUGCCUGCUUUUGAUGAUGUCUAUUCAACCCUUGCCCUCGCCAUGGGAGGCCCCCUCACAAUCACGAUCUUUUUUUGUUGCAAAGACCGCACGCCCAAUGAUCAUUUUCCGAGCGAUGAUGCACGGCACGAUGAUCUCGAAGCAGGUCGACCGCCGUCAAAUCUUGGUCGUAAUAUUGCUGCAGUACAGCCGCCGCAGCAGGCCUCAAUCGUCUUCACAUAUACUGUUACUACUAGUCCUGAGUGUGUAAUUUGUUUGGAGGAGUUUAGGGAGGGGCAAGAGUGUCGGUUGCUUGCUAUUUGUAACCAUUCGUAUCACACGUCCUGCAUUGAUCAAUGGCUAGCCAUAACGGAAAGCAACUGUCCUCUUUGCCGUGCUCCUGCUCAAAAUGUAUCUUAA